AUGGCAAGCGACGAAGCGAACAAGAUGUAUGAAGACAACCAAGGAUCAAUCGCUCUCGCCAAGAACCGGGAGUUACAUAAGAGAACAAAGCACAUUGACAUACGCUACCAUUAUGUGCUUGAGAAGGUGGAAUCGGGCGAAGUCGCUUUGGAGUAUUGCCCGACUCAAGAUAUGCUGGCGGACUUGAUGACCAAGUCGAUCGCCGCUGUACAAUUUGAAAACAUUCGCGAUCGACUCGGGAUCCAAGGUGCCGCAGCUAACGAGUCAUGA